AUAAACAAGAGCCAACUCAAGUCUUAGAGCAGGGUACUGUUGUGGUCAGACAUCUUAGAGCAGGGUACUGUUGUGGUCAGGCAUCUUGUAGCAGGGUACUGUUGUGGUCACGGAGAUGGUUGAAGACAAGUGGAUGAGAUGGUACUAGUCCGAGUUUUGUUGACAUUUCUUGGUUGCUGGUCCGUAGCAGCACAGGAUCCGAGCAGAGAAAUAGUCCAUCCAAGUGUAGUUAAUGCUGGUGGGGACUACACCGUGUCGUGUAACUCUGAUCUGGCUGGAGUGCCAGGCAAGGGACAGAACCUAGGCUUGAUAGCUAUGUGUAUCGGAUGGACGAAUGGAAUAGGCGAAAUGGAAUGUUUUGCAAGAUACAGGGCCAUCGACAGAUCAAUUUAUAUUCGAAAAGAAUCCAACACAGCUCCUUCUUCUGUGAGGCUCUGGAAUUCUAAAGUAAAAGGUCCGGAAAAAUAUGAUCACCGUGGUGUACCUGAUAGAGAUUCAGUCAAUAUCACAAUGACGGCGACAAAGGUCAAACGACAAGAGUCUGGUAUCUUUUGUUGUAACGCUUCUUACCAAGAUUUGAAUGACGAUACUCGAUUUAUAUCUAGAUGCCAGACGAUAACUGUUUUGUCCCUGGAUACAUUGACUCUGGACCAUCACUGCACCAAGACGUUGCCUGAGUACCGUAGAGGUCACAUCCAGAAACUAAGUGAACUAAACGUUGUCAGUUUCUGCAGUAAUCCAAAGACCUAUAGUCAGUGUAUCCUGGAUUCAAGACGUGAUAGUCACACAGAUCAGACAUACAUGGUCAAAUUGUUCGAGAAACAAUUUCCUAAAGAGUACGAUCUUAAGCGUGCGGCAUAUCUGCUGUGUACCAAAGGGACAACAUACUUGUCAAAGUUCGCUUCGUUUGACUACAAAGUUUUAAUUGACUGCGAGAUGUCAGCCGACAGUGACCAAUGCGAGAUCGAAGCCACCUCGGCCGAGAGAUUACAAAGCUUAACGGCAGCCUUUGCCUCCAACAACCAAGCGGAUAUCGAGAGACAUUCAUGCAAACUAUCACUAGACUACAUGAAGUGUAUCCAAGCCCAGUACACGAAAUGUAAUAAGGAUUUUGAGGACUUUUUUACUUAUCAGUUUGCUCGCCUUGGCCCCUUUGCGGCAUACCUGAGAAGGGAAGGAUGUAAAGGUGUCCAGUAUUUUUGGAAAAGAGACUGUCUAUUGGAGCACCAGUUUUAUAACAAGUUGAUUCUCACGGACAAGUGCACGUCACAUUCACGCACAACCAACGGGGCGUCGUUAGUCGGAACAGGGGCGUGGUCUAUCAGGACAAGGGCGUGGCUGAUGUUUGCUGUAGCCUUUGUUAAUAGUGUAGGGCGUGUCCAUAUGCUCAGAUAAAAUCUGACUUGUUUAGUUCUUGGCUAUCUUCUGUAGCUGGGUGCAACAAAAUAAGUUUAGAAAAUGUUUUUAUUUUUAAGUAUUAUCUAGGAAAACAUUAAAAAGUUAU